CCUGCUACGCUAGAGAAAUACGAUUAUGUAGUUAGCAACUGGGCCCUAUGGAGGAUUUCUCGUAACGAGUCCACAGACCCAGAUUUUCCUAACCUACCUGUUCCGACUCCUGAACGUCUGAAACUUUUCGCAGAGUUUUAUAUCAAAUCCUGUAAAAAGAUUCCGUCUCAAAGAACGGCUUGUGGUUACUUUACUAGCUUUACGUCAAAGUGGGAGCGUGAAACUUCUCGAUCCCUUUCUAAGGAAGUCAAGGACGACGUUCUUAACCUCCCUACAAAGCCUAGAGAGCGCUUCCUAGUCAACGGAAAGGAUAUAGAUUACCUGCUUCGACACCUCUUUGUGGAUGACCAUCACGAUUAUGUAUAUGAAAGAGUACGUAUGCAGACUGGAAGUUCUCUUUCUUUAUUUGCUGGCUCGGGUUACCUUUCAUUUCAUCUUAAAUGGAGCAAGGCAAAGGGGCAUCUGAUACGUUGGGUAACAAUUGAUCCCGAAUUCAUAAAAGGCUGGCGUUAUCGCGACGAUACUACCCUCCCAAGGAAUUGGUUUAGGGAGCAUCCAGUUCUUGGAAUGAGUUUUGUCUUCUGGGUAAUCGUUCAUGGGGUGGCGGAUGGUGCCUUUAAAGGGCUUGCUACUGUGACAGAGGUUCUUGCCGCAAAGCCACCUAAGGGAAGAGAGUCAUGGACUCUAGAAUGGAACGAAACCGUAAAGGACCUCCCAUUCUUUAGAAUGGUCGACUCUAAAGGACCCAAAUCAACGAAGGCAUUGACCUUCUCCUCAUUGCGGCAUAACUUCACUAGCUUAGCCCAGCGCGAUGGGUUCAAAGACCAGUUGCGUGUACAUGGAAUUCGAGGAGGCGUUGCAAACAAGAUCGACCCCAAGGCUUCCCAGGCUACUCGUGGUCAGGCUCUUGAUCACCAGAAUCAUGACACCUUUAUAAAAUAUCAGUCUUCUCUCAAGGCGUUAGAUAUACAGGCCUUAUUCUAUGAUUUAGAGCCUGACUACGAAUGCCGUGAUAUGGAACAAAGCAUGUCUCAUCACCGAGAUUCGAACGUGCCACUCCAACUCAAUGCAGCUGCGAUCGCACAAUUCACAACUAACGAUGAAAUUGUUAAGAUAAAUCAGAGAAUUGCUCACAUAACCCAGGAGAUUGCUGGAAAAUUGGAAGAAAAUAGGGACCUCGUAUUUGAACGGGCUCGUCUUUAUGACAAGAAAGCAAAACGAUUGCUAGCCUGGAAGAAGGAUUUUGUCAAAGACUGGUGGGAUACUUCAUACGCUGAGUAUGUGUCUGGGAACGACUUCUCCGAACGCGACUUAACACCUCUUUUUGACGUCUACAAGAAAUAUCUACCAGAGCGCUCCCGUCUCAGCGAGAACCUAUUGAAGAAGGGAUCUCUAGAUAGUGAACUUGGUCGAUAG